UUUCCUACCGAGUCAGAAAAAGAGAGAGAGAGUUUGUCUAUAAAUACCCCUUUCCUUCUCAUACUCUGUUAUUACAUUUACUUUCAUUCUUCUCUCUCUUCUCAAAACCCCAAACCAAAAUCCCCAAAAGAAGAAGAAGAAGAAGAAAGAUUAUUCUUCCCAAUACAAUUUUCUCGACAAAAUUUGUUAUAUUAUUGUUUUCUUUUCUGCCAAACACUCUUGAAAGUUUACUUUUUUGGGGGAAAAGAAAAAAAAAUGUCUGAUGCGUUUUGCUCCGAUUGCAAGCGCCAGACAGAGGUGGUUUUCGACCACUCGGCUGGGGACACCGUUUGUUCAGAGUGUGGACUUGUUCUUGAAUCUCACUCCAUUGAUGAAACCUCUGAGUGGCGUACUUUCGCUAAUGAGUCGGGAGAUAACGACCCUGUACGUGUUGGUGGACCCACGAACCCUCUUCUUGCUGAUGGUGGGUUGUCUACUGUGAUCGCUAAGCCUAACGGCGCUAGCGGUGAGUUCUUGUCUUCUUCUCUUGGUCGGUGGCAGAAUCGUGGGUCUAAUCCGGAUCGGGGUUUGAUCCUUGCGUUUAAGACCAUUGCUACCAUGUCUGAUAGGUUGGGCCUUGUAGCAACCAUCAAGGAUCGAGCUAAUGAGAUUUAUAAGAGAGUCGAGGAUCAAAAAUCCAGCAGGGGAAGAAAUCAGGAUGCAUUGUUGGCGGCUUGCCUAUACAUCGCCUGUCGACAAGAAGACAAACCACGAACUGUAAAGGAAAUUUGCUCUGUUGCCAAUGGAGCAACAAAGAAGGAAAUUGGCCGAGCAAAAGAAUACAUUGUGAAACAGCUGGGAUUGGAGAAGGGUCAGACAGUGGAGAUGGGUACAAUACAUGCUGGGGACUUCAUGAGGCGAUUCUGCUCCAAUCUUGGUAUGAACAAUCAAGCUGUUAAAGCUGCCCAAGAAGCUGUCCAGAAGUCAGAAGAAUUUGAUAUAAGGAGGAGCCCUAUAUCUAUUGCAGCAGCUGUUAUCUACAUCAUAACUCAGCUCUCAGAUGAUAAGAAGCCUCUUAAAGAUAUCUCUGUUGCUACCGGGGUGGCCGAAGGAACAAUCAGAAAUUCGUACAAAGAUCUGUACCCUCAUGUAUCGAAGAUUAUACCGAACUGGUAUGCCAAGGAAGAGGAUCUCAAGAACCUCUGCAGCCCUUGAAUGAUGUAAUAAAUAGCUCAAAGAAGACGCGGGAAAUAUACAGAUGACUCUGAAUAGUUUUUGAGAGUUGAACUGUUUUUGAUUGUAGUGAAACGUUCAACAUACAGUGGCGAAAUAUUUUUAUCUUACUGUUUUUUUUUCAUAGUAAUUUUACAGCUGAAAAUUUUAUUAUCUGCUUAAAACUAGCAACAAUAAUUCAAUAUAUUUCUAUUUUUUUA